AGAUGCCGGAGAAUCCAUUUGCUGCUGUAAGAUAAGCUGCUGAAAGUUGUGUAACAAGGAAAACAAAAGGACACCGCUUCAGAGAGGACUCGUUCAUUUAAGUUAUACAGAGGAUUUCUCCUCAUACAUCAAUCCUCCAAGGCCUGAUUUUGAAUUCGUCAAAAAUGUUUUCACUGUCAACGUCGUUUCAGCCUCAGCAGAUGAUACUGCCCCUCAGCCAGCUCAUCAAUGCCCUCCACUCUCUGAAGAACUCAGCCACAGCUUCAGUCCAGACCCUGCACAAAGACUUCAUCCCAGAGCACAGUUCAUUUCUAAAAGAGCCCAGUGUGAGUCUGAGGGAUCUUGGUCUGUCAGAGAUCAGGGGGAGUCAGCUGGAUGAGCUGGUCAGCAGGUUACUGCCUACACCAGGACCAGAAGAACCUCCCGCUGUUCCUUCGAUAUGGAGGACGAGUCACGUUUCUGCAGACAGCUUCUUUCACAACAAGCAUGGGUUUUCACACAGAAGGUUGGGGGUUUUUGGCUCCCCAAUAUUCCACAGACAAUACCACAGUCCGUUAAAAGAAGUUUGCACAGAGCUACAAUUCUUGCCUGUAUGGGUCCAGAGUCGGGGUUUCAAGACACUCCGAUCAAAGACCAGACGAGUGGAGUCUGGUUAUGAUGGUCCGGUGGAGUCUGAGCCCUACACACCAGCAUUCAUGAAGGGAUUGUUUCAGAGGGAAAAGGGGCCAGAGGUGAAUUCACUGGACCAACUGAUGAAACAAAGGAACCUUCCAGACAACCAGCAGGAGGCUUUCAAGACGGGUUUCAGUGAGGGGUUCAUGAGGUCUCAGGCCUUCACUCAGAGAACACAAGACUCGCUGAGGAGAACCAGGUUGAUCCUAUUGGUCCUCCUACUUCUUGGUAUUUAUGGCUUAUCAAGAACCCCGUUUCUCUCUGGUAAAGGCUCCUUUUCUGAUGCUGUGAGGUUCCGCACCACAUCUGGUCUUGACUCAGCAGUUGACCCCAUCCAGAUGAAGAAUGUGACAUUUGAGCAUGUCAAAGGGGUGGAGGAGGCAAAGAAUGAAUUACAAGAGGUUGUCGAGUUUCUCAAGAACCCCCAGAAGUUUACUGUGCUGGGUGGAAAGUUGCCUAAAGGGAUCCUCCUUGUUGGACCACCAGGCACAGGAAAGACUCUGUUAGCACGGGCUGUGGCUGGGGAGGCCGAUGUGCCUUUCUACUAUGCCUCUGGAUCAGAGUUUGAUGAGAUGUUUGUGGGUGUUGGUGCGAGCCGAAUCAGGAACCUUUUCAAAGAGGCAAAAGCUAAUGCUCCCUGUGUCAUCUUCAUUGAUGAGUUGGACAGCGUUGGUGGAAAGAGGAUCGAGUCUCCUAUGCAUCCCUAUUCCAGACAAACAAUCAACCAGCUGCUGGCUGAAAUGGAUGGAUUUAAACCAAAUGAAGGUGUCAUCGUUAUUGGUGCUACAAACUUUGCAGAGGCUUUGGAUACCGCUCUGAUAAGGCCAGGAAGGUUUGACAUGCAGGUGACGGUCCCUCACCCAGAUGUGAAAGGACGCACUGAAAUUCUCAACUGGUACCUCUCCAAGACCACAAUGGACCCUGCUGUGGAUGCGGAGAUUAUUGCCCGGGGCACAGUGGGCUUUUCUGGGGCAGAGCUGGAAAACCUGGUCAACCAGGCAGCCCUGAAGGCGGCCGUGGACGGGAAAGAGAUGGUCACAAUGAAGGAUCUGGAGUUUGCUAAGGAUAAGAUCCUCAUGGGUCCUGAGAGGAAGAGUGUUCAAAUCGACAAGAAGAAUAAGACCAUUACAGCAUACCAUGAGUCCGGCCAUGCCAUUGUUGCCUAUUUCACCAAAGAUGCAAUGCCCAUCAAUAAGGCCACUAUCAUGCCUAGAGGCCCAACUCUCGGCCAUGUGUCCAUGCUCCCAGAGAAUGACCGUUGGAGUGAGACAAGAGCCCAGCUGCUGGCUCAGAUGGAUGUCAGUAUGGGCGGUCGAGUAGCAGAGGAGCUCAUCUUUGGAGAUGACUACAUCACUACUGGAGCCUCCAGCGACUUCGAUGGAGCAACCAAAAUAGCAAAAAUGAUGGUGACCAGGUUCGGCAUGAGUGACAAGCUUGGUGUCAUGACCUACGGUGACGUAACCAAGCAGAGCCCCGAGACACAAGCUGCCAUCGAACAAGAAGUCAGGGCUUUACUGAAAGGCUCAUAUGAUCGUGCUAAAAACAUCCUGAAGACUUAUAGUAAAGAGCACAAGACGCUAGCUGAUGCCCUGCUAAGAUAUGAAACUCUGGAUGCCAAAGAGAUCAAGAUGGUGCUGGAGGGCAAAUCACUGGACCACUAGAUACCUCAGUAGAUAUUUUAGACUCUUGUAUCAUGUAUAUAUGAAGCUGUGCAAUUGCACACAGGUCUUUUGGAGGCCUUGUAUUUCAUUUGUUUGUAUCCCUCUGAUUAUCACUGUCAAGAUGACACCGAAAUUUCACCCCUUUAUAUACAUUUUUAUUUUAUUAAUUUACAUUUGUCUUGCAUUUCUUGUAGAGAAGACUUCACAGCGAUUUUUAAAGCACUUCACAGUUUAAAGGUGUGGUAUGCGAUUCUAAUCCAAUACACGUCUUUUUGUCAAAUUCAGUGAAUAUCUCCUCACAGUCCGUUCAGUGUGUGCGCUGAAAAAAACUCUGGUCUUUGUACACAGCCCUGGCUCUGUAAAUGGGAAAUAAAGUGGCUCAGACUGGGCCUCAAAACACUAUUUCAGCCAUUCCAGACAUGAUUUGUGUGUCAGGUAACGUUAAAUGACUUGCCCACGGACAGAAGAUAUGCUGUUGUGAUGUUAGCUAUAGUAGCAGGAGAGUUGUGAGUAUCGCUGUCUGGAGCUGGUGUACUGGCUCUGGGAAACCAUCUCGUCCUCUCUGUGCGUUAGUUUCGCAGCAGCAACUUUAGGGACAGUUUGCUAACCCACAACCUAGUUAACGUUAGUUAUAUUACUUGCUGUGUCGCUGUUCGCUCUAUAUCAUGGCAUUUGUCGUGGUAUUUGGAUUUCUCCAGAAUCGCAUACCCCGCCUUUUUAAUUGGAUGAAAAUAAAUAUUUGUUCUCCACAAGGUUGUCUACUACAGUUCACAAAGAUAUUUGAGGUUUCAUAAGGGUCCUUUUGUCCUCUACUUUCAAGACAAAUUACCUCUGUAGUAGUUUUAGAGAUCAGUCAUAUUUGGUAUCAUAACAAGUUUAUAAAGCAAAUGCAUUUGACAAAGAUCAUGGUUAAUAAAGGUGAGGUGAAUGGUGAUUUAAUUUAUGUAUCCAUGUCUCAUUUUAAAUUUGUACAGACUGGUGGACCAUCGGACCUUAAAGUACCUCAAUCUAGAACGUACCAUUUGGCUGUAGCAAGGUACAGGUGAUACCUCUGUUCUUGUUGAACUCUUCAUAUAAAUUUUUUUUUCUCUAAAUGAUGUCUUUCAGUUACAUCUACCAUAUGCUAUCUAUUUUGUGUGUUCUUAAUUUAUUUAAGUGCCCAAAGGUGUGUCCUAUUUUCUUGAAAUUAGUGAUAGGCCCUCAUGCCCUAUUCUAAGCUCACCUGUAAGUGAUAAAUGAGCGGAAAUGUAUAUAUACUGUAAGCGUGUGAAAGGAGCUUUGUGCUUCUAUUUGUUGAUUUAGACAAAGGCCUUCUUGAAGCUCAAAUAAAGGUUACUCUUACUCA